AUGCCGUUCGUUUUCUCCGUCGGAUCUAACUCGCAGUGUUUUAGCUCAAAGAAAAAUGCCCAAACGCAAGGCUAGUUAUGUCGUUGAGGAAGAUAACUAUCUGGACGAUUUAGUGCGUGAUAAGCAGAACAAUCAACCUUCCACAAGCAAGCAUACGCUCGAUUCGGACGAAGAGGACGACAGUGGCGAUGACGCGCCGUACAAUGUGCUGGAUGAUAAUGAAAUCAUGGGCGAGGAAGAGGGGAUGGCGCGGACAGAUGGUGAGACAAAAAUUACUCCCUUCAACAUGAAAGAAGAGAUGGAGGAAGGCCACUUCGACGCCGACGGACACUACUUGUGGAAAAAGACAGCUGAAGUGAAGGACCAUUGGCUGGACAACAUCGACUGGGUGAAGCUGAAGAACGAUCCAACCUACAAGGAGCGUCCGGCAAAGGGCGAAAAUCGUGGGUUGGCUGAUUCUUCCGAUUCGGAAGAUGAUGACGCAGAAAAUACGGCAAAGUUCGAUUCCAUUGGCACCUAUCGCCAGAUGCUGGAACUUAUGGAGCCCAAGGAGUCGGUCAAGCGAGCACUUCAACGGUUGGGUAAAGGUACGGCGAAGCUGACUACAGCACAACGUUGGAAGCUGAAAAAGGCUGGUCAAACACCGGACGAAGCCAGUGCCAAGAUCACCAAACUGACGGCCCUGUCGAACGAUAUCCUCACAAACAACGGCAACAUGGACGUGUACGAGGAAACGUUCGAAAUGAUCCAGCGGAAGGUGUCGGGCGCGGAUCGGAAGGCACACCCACAGCCAGAGUCGGGCGAAAAAGAGCCGGCUGAUGAGCUGGAUAUGUAUGCGGACGAUUUCGAUAGUCGAGAGAAGAGCAAACUGGACGGCGUUACUGGACAAAAGAGUGAUAAGGUUGAUACUACGACAGCCGCUGAUCGUGGGGAGGAUGACGAAGACAACAAGAAGGGGAAAAAACUAAUGUGGGAGUACAAGGAGCAACAGGACACCGAAACAGUACAUGGUCCGUUCACUACGGAACAGAUGCAAACAUACGCCGAGGAAGGUCGUUUCGGAAACGGGGCUUUCGUGCGCAAAGUUGAUAGUGACGACGCGCGAUUCUAUUCCGCCGCUCGAAUCGACUUUGAUUUGUAUUUGUAGACAGAAACUACAGUUAAUAAAAAGCACAUCUGCCAAAACGAGUUACACAACCCCACUUAGCACUGAUGUGAUGGAAUUCUCACAUGGCUUCGAAGCGGGUGAACCACACUCUGAAGAUGAUCUUUAACAAGAAACUUUAUUUUAUAAAAAAAAAAACUAUCAAAAACUCAAUUGUGCUCGAUAGCCCCCUUUGCGAUGGUGAUGUUAGAUUAAAGUGGGAUACCAGCAAACGUGACGACAUGAUGCACUUUCAACAGGUUUAAGCACAAACCUUUGCUUCGUUGGUUCUCUUUCUUGUUGGCUGCCUGUCUGUGUUUAGUACCUGUUCCGUUUGCCAUUCACUAUGCCAAAU